GCUGGACCUUUAGUAUUGCCAAACAUCUUGCAACAAGAAGAAGAACUGUAAACAAAGUGCUGUGCAUAUAUGGGACAACGUGUACCUGAUACAUUUUGAUUUUCUGUUCUUUUUAAGGUUUGUUCCUGAACCUUUUCAACCAUGGGGCGAAAAUCCAAACGAAAGAACAAGGACCGUCAACAGAAACUAGAUAAAAUGUUUCCCUUGGAAGACAUGAAUUUGGAUGAUAACGUUGAAGUAAGGAGGGGGGCCAAAGAACAAUCAAAAUUAAGUAAAAAGGAACGAAAGAAGAGAUUACGGCAGAUGAUGCAAAUGAGCAACAAAUCCAACCAAAAUGCUGGAAGUUCCUGUGCUUGGCAUAAGAUUACUGUUAAAGGAGAUAAUCCAUUAGACAAAGAAUUUGUUCUGUCAAGUAUCGCCAACAUUGUAGAUAUACAGUUCAGUCCUUUGGGAUUUUGUCGCAUAGACAAUAGCAGUGUCUUUUAUUUGGAGAAUAAUGAACAAGCAGCAUCAGCAAUUGCUGGGCUAGACAAGAGAUUGCAGGGUCCAGAUGGUUGCCGGCUAAAGAUUGCUUCCAACAAGUGUGAGGGGCCUGAUCUGGUGCUUAAUGCCCACCAGUUACAGAUACUACAGCAGUGCUUAUCACGGCGGUACAACAAUGGUGCCUUUUUGCUUGACCUGUCUGACUUACACAAUGACCCUUUGCUGAAAGAAAAAGAUAUCCUCACCCCUCUUCAAACACCUAUGGUCAUGAAACAAGUACUGAAAUUAGUCAAAGAAAAUAUCCCAGAGUUGCGAGCUCUUAAUCUCAGUCACAAUGGCCUUCGCAGGAAUCACUUACAAAAUUUACAGGCAUUACAAAGUGGAUGCUCCCAGUUGGCUGCAUUGAAUUUGGAGCAAAACAAUAUAUGCGAUUUGAAAGUCUUGAACUCGAUAAAGGUGUUUCCUAUAACAGAAUUGAAUCUGCAGUUUAACCCAAUUGUUGAGACCUUUAAAGACAGACCUUUGGCAUACAUCAAAGAAGUCAGGUCUCGUCUGGCAAACCUCAAGGUUUUGGACAGUAUUGAUAUUGAAACUUAUCUGGCUGAAAAUGAUAAACCUUCACCGUAUAAGAUGAACGUCAACUUCUCCAAAAAUGAGAAAAUUAUGUGUGGCUCUUCUAGCAGUAAUAGUGAAUUUGAAGUUACUGAUUCAACUGUGCGAAUGUUUUUGGAUCAGUAUUACAAGCUUAUAGACACAGCAGAACGCGUCAGUUUGGUUGUGGCUUAUACUCCAGAUGCUGUGUUAGAGGUGAAAUCAAAUUUGGAGCUUGUACACAAUGGUGUGUUUGUUGGCCAUGAGAAAAUUAGAGAAGCCCUGUUAAUGGUUCCUGCUACUCAGCAUAACCAUAGUUCAUUCUCUCUCCAUGUUCAACCACUGGGACCCAAGAGUACACGAGCUGAAGUUACUGGCCAGUGCCAGGUGGCAGGAGUGGGUGGUACUGUUGCAUUUUUGAGAAUUAUGAAUAUAGUGCCCUUCAAUGUAGGAUUCUGCUGUUCCCAAGACAAAUGGGAAUUGAAACUGACUGGGACGUAGCAUUUUAGAGAAUUGUGUAGGACGUAAGUUACUUCAUUCAUUCUCAUAUUAUGAAUCCAUUCAGUAUGUUGUAGUUUUUAAAUUUUGUAAACGUUGAAAAAAAUUAUCUAGAAUUUUCAUGUCCAUACAUUUUCACCCAGGACAUCAUUGCAUGCAUAAACUAAAAAAAAAAAAAAAGAUAAAAAAUAGUUAUACGUAAACUUAAGUCUACUCAUACUUUCUCAUUGCAUAUUUUUUUUGUAAAUACAAACAAUAGUUUUUCAGUUUUUGAUCACUGCUACAUUGGCUGUUGUUAUCUUUAUGCAAUUAUUACUUGACAUGGCAGCCUCAUUCCUUUCAUUUGACUUGGAAAUGAAAACCCAAGUUCUAAUUUGAAAUUGUUGCCAUAAGGAAAUUUUUAAAGAGUUUUGUAUUUUGUAAUAUUUGAAUGGAUUAACUUGAAGUGGGCUGCUUAAUAACAUUUUGGUUGACUAUUUACCUUAAGUACAUUUUGGUAACUAAUGUAUAUAUUACACUAAGCCCUUUGCAUAAAUGCUGGUUAUUCAAAAAUAGUUGACAUAUAGACAAUGUGAAAUUACUGUAAUUACGCAUGGUGUUAUUCAUUCUGCAGUUAUCGAGUCAGUAGGUAUUGUAUGGCAUCAGGUUAAAGUUCCUUGUUUUUUUUUUUUUUUUUUUUUUUUAUACCUUAAAGGAAUAGGAAGAAAGAAUGGGAAAUAUCAAGUCAUUAUGUAAUUGGUGGUCAAAACUCUUGAGUCUGUGUACAAUAUUGUUAAUCAAUACAGUCUAGUACAAUUUAAGUAAGGGGGAAACAUAAAUAUGACCUGUAAUACUGAACUGUACUGGGAUAUCAGUACAGUAUUCUAGAAGAGGUAAAGUGGAAAUUGUUUAUAGUUACCUUAGAUAUUAAGAAUGAGACUUUUCAUAAAUUGAAAAAGUAAAGGUAGACCUCAUUGGCAGAUUUGAAUGAUAAUUAUUAGUGUAUAUUUAACACAUCAUUUUAUCUUUAUUACUUAUUUAGGUCAUUCUUUGAGCUCUGAGAUUAAAUUUGUUUCAAGAACUUGAGAACAAAAUUGGCAGUAUACUGUUGUUCACAUUAGGCUUGCAAGAUUUUUCUGUAUGUGUACUUAUUAGUAAACGUUUAUUUUCCAAAUAUAUGCACAAAUAACUGUUAGGUCAAAUUUAUAAAGAAUUUGAGUUACCUAAUGUUAUUCAUAGGCAGUGUUAAUUGUUGUAAGUACCAGACUUUUUAUUGCAACUGUCUCUAUGACGAGGCUGGUUUGUAGAAAACUGUGAACUGAUUUAUGAAGUUUUGCUUUAUCAGUUCAGAACGUUAAUGAAUGCACUAGAGUUUGAAGAAAAAAAAUUUUUCCCAUCAAAUUAUUGCAGUAACAAACUGAAAGUACAAUCGAUAAUGAAAUUGAGAAAUCUGAAUGAUUUCUAAAAUGCUUCUUUAUAUAGGAACUGAAGAAUUUUCAAAUGACUGUCUGCAUUUGUCUCUUAUUUAGUAAAUAAUAUGUAAUUGAUGGAAAGUUAAAGUUUAUUUAGCUGAUACAUACUGGGAAGGGAAAAUAAAUUUGCCAUCACCCAUGCUUUAGUGAUAUUUUUGUUGGGUUUCUAAUGAAAUAUGGCCAUAUUUACAUGAUAAAGUCUAGGUUCUGCAUCUAGAACAGUGUCAGAUUAUAUUUGUCAGGUAUUAAAUAUGAAAGUACUUGAGUCUUGUUGAAAUUGUUGCAUAACUUACUUGAGGACAUUGUAAUUUUGUUUAUUCCAGUACAUCACAGUAUCAUUCUGUAUGCAAUUUGAUGUUAUGCUUAUUCAAGUACUAUAGAGUAGUAAAUUUGUUGUUUUUUUAUUGUAAGUUAUUUUAAUGGUUUUGUGUAACUGACAGGUUGGGUCUCACCCAAUCUUAGUCCGAGGCUUUAGAAAGUAAGUCCUUUUUAACUUGUCUUCAGUUUGCAUAAUAUUCAGGUAUGUAAACAAAUUCCAAAAACUUCAUUUAUUUAUUUGUGUAAUUUCUACAUAACUUUGUAUUAAAAAUAAACAGUUUCUUGUUGAAAGAUGCCAUUUAUCAAAUUAUAAAACUGAUGUACAGUACAGACAUGUGCCCCUUAAGGAUAGUUUUAAUAGGUUUUGAGGGGCCACAAAACAACAGUGUUAUAGAAAAAAACCUAAAUGGUACUUAAAUAUUUAACAUUUGCCAGAGAUUUAUCCUUAAAAAUGGGGUAUAUAAUAAUUACAAUGUACAGAAAAGGGAAAUAAAAGUGAUAUAUUUAAAAUAA